AUGCCGAGAUCAAGGGCAAGUGGUGUAUCUGCUGAUGAUUCAGAUGUCCCUGAAAAGUCUGCUGAGCCUGAAGAGCAGGUUGACCUUGAUGGUGACAAUGAAGGCGAGGAGACAAUGGAAGAAGAAGUUGAGUAUGAAGAAGUAGAGGAAGAAGAGGAAGUGGAAGAGAUAGAGGAAGAGGUGGAAGAGGAGGUAGAAGAGGAAGAAAAUGAAGAGGCUGCUGAUGAAGCAGAGUCACAAAAGGGCUCAGAUGGUGAAGAGGAGGAAGGUGAGGAAAGAAAACAUGCUGAGCUUCUUGCACUUCCUCCUCAUGGGUCAGAGGUGUAUCUUGGUGGCAUUCCCCAUGAUGCUUCUGAAGAGGAUUUGAAGGAAUUUUGUGAAUCUAUUGGAGAAGUAACAGAGGUAAGGAUAAUGAAGGGAAAAGACUCAAGCGAGUCAAAGGGUUAUGCUUUUGUGACUUUCAGAACAAAGGAGUUGGCUUCCAAGGCCAUUGAAGAGCUGAACAAUACGGAUUUUAAGGGUAGAAAGGUAAAGUGUUCAACAUCUCAAGCAAAUCAUAGAUUGUUUAUUGGCAAUGUUCCAAGAAACUGGGGAGAAGAAGAUAUGAAGAAGGCUGUAAAAAAGAUUGGGCCGGGAGUUAAUUCAGUGGAGUUGUUGAAGGACCCACAGAACCCGAGCCGGAAUCGUGGAUUUGCUUUCAUUGAGUAUUAUAACCAUGCAUGUGCAGAAUACUCAAGAAAAAUGAUGUCUAAUCCAGAAUUUAAGCUAGAUGAUAAUGCUCCAACUGUGAGCUGGGCGGAUCCCAAAAAUGCUGGAUCUUCUGCUGCUUCUCAGGUCAAGGCAGUGUAUGUCAAGAAUUUACCAGAAGACAUUAAUCAGGAUAGUCUAAGGCAGCUGUUUGAGCAUCAUGGAAAAGUUACAAAAGUAGUUCUUCCACCUGCAAAACCAGGACAUGAAAAGAGCAGAUUUGGUUUUGUGCAUUUUGCAGAGAGGUCAAGUGCCAUGAAGGCAUUAAAGAACACUGAAAAAUAUGAAAUUGAUGGUCAAGUUUUAGAUUGUUCCCUUGCAAAGCCUCAAGCAGAUCAGAAGUCUUCUGGUGGGCCAAAUUCACAGAAGUCAUCCUCGCAUUCAAGCUUUCCACCACGCAUUGGUUAUGGUUUAGUUGGGGGUGCAUAUGGUGCUCUUGGUGCAGGAUUUGGUGCUGCUGGGUUUGGACAACCAGUCAUCUAUGGUAGGGGACCGACUCCUGCUGGCAUGGCAAUGAUGCCAAUGCUUUUGCCUGAUGGAAGGAUUGGAUAUGUCCUCCAACAGCCUGGAAUGCAAACGCACAGCCCUCCACCACAGCCCCGGGGUGGCAGGGGUAGUGGUGCUGGGAGUUCAAGUGGUGGAAGACGUAGUAAUGAUAGUAGCCGUGGACGCAGCCGCUAUAACCCAUACUAA